CUAACCCAUUAGAAAUUGUUGAGGAGUCUGAGCAAGCUAAUUACAGGGUAUGAUUAUCAUUAGGGGCUACUGAAAUGAUUACGUCUGGUUCUUCAAAGCUUCAUCUCUUGCCACCAUGAACGUCUCUGGUCCCUCGCGACUGCGUGGUCCACGUCCGGUCCCUGGUUCAAGAGAAAAAGACAGCUAUGAGGAUCUUACCCGUACGAUCGCUGAGCUAGGUCUUUCUGAUGUCGAGAGAUUGCAGAGCCUAUAUGAUCACAAAGAGCGUCGAGCAAAGGGGCCCUCUGAUCGCGAAGUUGCUAUCGUAUUGUUGAUGCAGAAUGCCCGAGAACUUGCGCAGUUUAAUGCUGAUCUGGCACUCGCCCAGCGACUUGCUGUUGAUGGAGAUGAGGAGCCUGAUCCUACAGUUAGGCCAGCAACAGCUGUUGCUCUCCAACGCGACAUUGAAAGAACUAGAUCAAACAUGCAAACAUGGAGUCAAUUGCUUGACUCCUUUCUUUUGACGCCCGUAUCAAGUGGUCAGACAACACCAACCCCAGGUCAAGCGCCGACUAUAACGGCUAGAUGUCCUCAUCGUAGGGCAACUGGUCACAUCUGUGUGAUUUGUCAUGAUCCUAUCUUUGGAGAGGAAGUUCUGGCACCAUGUAAUCACUUCUUCGAUAUCAGCUGCAUCAUCGACCUAUUCCGGUCAGCCAUGCGCGACGAGCGCCUGUUUCCUCCUCGGUGUUGCCAUCAGAACAUUCCGCUACCGCAAGUUCGGCCUCACUUGACGCAGGCAUUCCUUACUGAGUUUGAACUCAAAGCCCAAGAAUAUGGGACUCUGAAGCGCGUUUAUUGUGUCGAAUCAACGUGCAGCCGUUUUCUCGGACCAUUACAUGACGGGGGUUCCUCAAAGAUCUUUACAUGCCCGUCCCCUACAUGCAUGACGAUGACAUGUGGAAAAUGUCGUGGGAGAUACAAAAGAUUCACCCACUCCUGCACUCCCGAUGCAGAGACUGAGGUUGUACUCACGCUUAGCCGCGCCUCAGGAUGGUCCCGUUGCCCAGGCUGCGCUCAGAUGAUUGAGCUUAGCGUAGGGUGUUUCCAUAUGAGCUGCCGAUGCAAGACGGAGUUCUGCUAUCUGUGCAGAGCAUUGUGGAAGACUUGCAAGUGUCCCCGAUGGGACGAGUCUAGGCUGCUUGCUCGCGCACAGUGAGAUCGUGGGGUGAGUGCUCUGCUACAGUUGUGGAGCAUGCUCAUCUUCCUCGAGAGGCACCUGGAAUGAAUGGUUGAGUCACCGCUUGUUACUUGCUGCCAAAAUUCCCCUGGCUCACGUAAAGUACUGGUUUGGUGUUGGUAUUCCGGAGAGGAAAUACGAUGAUCACUGGAAGCAGCCAUCAGGGAGGAACAAUCAAUAUAUACAUUCCGCAAAAAGUAUGAAUUUUAAGGUCCU